AUGCCCGGCUCCGUCGUUCCCGCAGAGAAGAUCCCCUCGAUCGCCGCCCUCUGGCGCGACGCCAAGCUCCUCCCGACCUCCCUCGCCUCCGCGGUGCCCAAGUCGGCGUCCGCCAACCAACGCGCGGCGCUGUUCCGCGGCGACAUCACCACGCUGCAGGUCGACGCCAUCGUCAACGCGGCCAACUCGUCGCUGCUCGGCGGCGGCGGCGUCGACGGCGCCAUCCACCGCGCCGCCGGCCGCGAGCUCCUCCAGGAGUGCCGCGGCCUCGGCGGGUGCCCGACGGGCCAGGCGCGCAUCACCAAGGGCUACGACCUGCCAGCGCGCCACGUCAUCCACGCGGUCGGCCCCAUCUACGACUCCGACUCCGACGAGAGCGAGUGGCUCCUGCGUGGCUGCUACCGCAGCAGCCUGGAGCUCGCGGCGGUGAAUGGCCUCAAGUCGCUCGCGUUCAGCGGCAUCAGCACGGGAUUAUACGGCUACCCCAGCAUGGAGGCGGCUGUCGUGGCGUGCCGGACUGUUAGGGAGUAUCUGGAUGAGAACGAGGGCCCGCUCGAAAAGGUGGUGUUUGUCACAUUUGAAGAAAAGGAUGUGGAUGCUUAUAACGUCAUGAUCCCGUGA